GCAUACUCUCGACUCGUGCCCAACAUGGCUGACAACGAGCCGGAUCUUUCCAAGAUGACGGACGAGGAGAAGGCAUUCUACCAGAAGUACGGCAAGAUGCCGCCCAAGGCUACCGAGAAGUUCCGCCGCGCCCGCGGCGGCAAGCGCAUUUUCGACUCGGCUGACUACUCGAUGCAGAUGGCUGGCGUUAAGGGCAAGAUCGGUGGCGGCGGCCUGCUGCGCAAGAAGAUGACGCUGCCGGCUGGUGCCGCGGCGUCGGGCGCCAACGCCACCACGCCCACAGGAGACGCGGGCGAGGACGAGUAGUGUGGCGGUGCAAGUUGCCCGGCCCCGUGAGCAAGUGAAUACAUCGUGAGAACGA